GUCGAAGAGGAGGCCGGUCGUUGGCGGAAGCUCCUUCGCCCUCUUUCACACGCCAUGGCCGAGGAAGAUCCCAACGCCGCCGUCCUCAGCGAUGUCGAAGACGACGACGAUCCUCUCCCCAUCGUCCUGCAAUCUUCCUCUGCCCCUUCUUCCGCUUCCGCGGCCGCUGAGCAGCGCGUCAGAGACCUUCUCGCCGAGCUCGAGAAGGAACGGGCGGCCCGGAAGGCCGCCGAGGGCACCUUCGGCCGCCUCAAGUCCAUGGCCCAAGACGCCAUCCGGAAGCGAGAUGAUGCGCUCCGCGAAAGGGACGAGGCUGUCAGGCGGCGAGACGACGCCCUCCGUGACAAGGACGAGACCGCGCGAUCCGCGGAACGCGCCGCCGCGGAGCUCGCUGAUGCGGUUCGACUCAGGGAUGAGGCCAACAAGAACAAGGAUUCGAUACGGUCCGAGAUGGAGACUGCCGCUCAGAUGCUCCUUUCCGGAAUCGGUAAGAUCUCCAGCAAGGUGAGCGGGUACAAGAACUUCUCCGCCUCCGGUGGCCUCUCGACUUCUCAGAAGUACACCGGGCUGCCCUCGGUGGCCUAUGGCGUCAUCAAGCGGGCGCAUGAGAUCUCCGAGGAGCUUAUGAAGCAGAUUGACGCAGCCUCGAAGGCCAGGGAUCAGGCCAGGCAACAGGUUGAACAGCGGAAUUACGAGAUUGCAAUAGAGGUGUCGCAGCUUGAGGCUGCAAUUGUGAGUCUCAAAGAUCAAGUCUCCCAGAAGAACUCGGAGAUUACAAACCUGGAGAAUGUAGUCUCUGAAAGGGGGACAAGGAUCGCAGAGAUGGAGAGUGAGAUAUCCAGACUGACACAGCUUGGUGAGGAUCUCGAUGCUAAAGUCAAGAAUUUGGAAAUGAAAUUAGAAUCUCAGAGACCAUUGAUUGUUGAUCAAUUAAGUUACACAUCGAAGGCCUAUGAACAUAUUUCAGAGAUUAUUAAGAGUGUUAAGAAUGAUAAUGAUCCAUCUGAGUUUUCAGAUUCAUUGUUCAUUUGGAAUGAAAUGGACGUUGGUGAUAAUUUACGCACUUCGUUGGAUGGGACUAAGUCUGUUUAUGAACUGGCUAAGGUCGCAGCGGAGAAAGCAAGGGUUCACUCCGAGGAAAAUAGGUCUGAAAUUGACAAGUUGAAUGAGAAGGUCAUGGAACUCUUGGCAGAGAAGCAACAUAUUGGGACUUUGCUCAGGAGUGCAUUGUCGUCAAAGACAAAUGAAGUGCGACAUGUAGCAGAGGAGGGUCUUAGAGAAGCUGGGAUAGAUUUGAGAUUGGACCAUCUUGACGAGCAAGAGUCAGAUCAAAGUGGGGAAAAUGAAGUGUACAUCUUGGCAGGUGCAUUGGGAACUACAGUAAAGGAAUCACAAACAAGGAUUGUUGAGCUGCAGCAUUUGGUAGAAGCACUCAGGGCAGAGUCUGGUCUACUGAAAGCUCGUUUGGAUGCACAAACAAAAGAGAUUGCUGAACUAAAGCAUCAUAUAAAGGAGCUUGAGGAGAAGGAACGGAUGGCAAAUGAGAAUGUUGAGGGACUCAUGAUGGACAUCACAGCUGCAGAAGAAGAAAUUUCAAGAUGGAAAGCCGCUGCAGAACAAGAAGCAGCAGCAGGCAGAGCAGUUGAACAGGAAUUUCAGUUACAGUUGUCAGCUCUCAGAAAGGAACUGGAAGAGGCAAGGCAAGGAGCCGUAGAGUCAGAUAACAAGCUGAAGUUCAAAGAAGAGACUGCAGCUGCCGCAAUGGCUGCCAGAGACGCAGCCGAGAAAUCCUUGAAGUUAGCCGACAUGAGAUCUACGAGGCUGCGUGAGAGGCUCGAGGAACUUACUCGGCAGCUCGAGGAAUCCGAAAACCAAGACAAUUUCCAGAGCAGAAACAGUUAUCGAUACGUAUGCUGGCCGUGGCAAUGGCUGGGCUUGAAUGCUGUAAGAUACGAUCAAAAUGAUGUACGACAAGGUAACAACGAGAUGGAAUUGUCGGAACCCCUAAUGCUGGAUACAUCAUGAGAAAUCAAAAGAAAGAACCUGUAGAAAGGUAGGCGUGAUGAAUCUUCCUCUGCGUUUGUUGCUCAUUUCUAGUUCAUAGUCAAUAUUAUCAGGAUUUGAAUCCUUCAAGUGUUCGAUGAAAAAAAUUAGGGGAGAUGCUUAUUCCAACUGAGACAGAACCACAUGUGAAUAAUGAAAUGGGUGGUAACAGAUGAUUAUUUUACUGAA